GAAAAAGUUUAAGUCUCGAUCAGGUGACACGGUACGUCUGAGGGAGCUAUUGAAUGAAGGCAUCAAACGGGUGGAGGCAAGGCUCAAAGAGACGGAGAGAGAUAAGGUUAGUCUAAAGGGCAAUAUGGGGGAUCUGUUGAACGGCUGGAGGCAAGGCUCAAAGAGACAGAGAGAGAUAAGGUUAGUCUAAAGGGCAAUAUGGGGGAUCUGUUGAACGGCUGGAGGCAAGGCUCAAAGAGAUAGAGAGAUAUAAGGUUAGUCUAAAGGGCAAUAUGGGGGAUCUGUUGAACGGGUGGAGGCAAGGCUCAAAGAGAUAGAGAGAGAUAAAGUUAGUCUAAAGGGCAAUAUGGGGGAUCUGUUGAACGUCUGGAGGCAAGGCUCAAAGAGACAGAGAGAGAUAAGGUUAGUCUAUGGUAGAGCCAAAGGGGCUGUGAGAGAUAAGGUUACUCUAUGGUCGAGCUAAAGGGGCUGUGAGAGAUGUUUGUCGGUUGGGGGACCUAAAAGGCAGUGAGAGAUAUCAGGUUAGUCUAAAAUUCUUGUGGGGGGGGGUCAAAAGAAAGCGAUAUGGUUAUUUUAUAGGGGGGGGGGGGCCCGAAAGAUUGUGAAAGAUAAGGUUAGGCUAUAGGGGGCCCGUAAGAUUGCUAAAGAUAAGCUUAGUCUAUAGGGGCCAGAAAGAUUGUGAAAGAUAAAGUUAGCCUAUAGGGGCCCGAAAGAUUGUGAAAGAUAAGGUUAGCAUAUAAGGGGCCCCUAAGAUUGCUAAAGAUAAGCUUAGUCUAUAGGGGCCAGAAAGAUUGUGAAAGAUAAAGUUAGCCUAUAGGGGGCCCGUAAGAUUGCUAAAGAUAAGCUUAGUCUAUAGGGGCCAGAAAGAUUGUGAAAGAUAAAGUUAGCCUAUAGGGGCCAGAAAGAUUGUGAAAGAUAAAGUUAGCCUAUAGGGGCCAGAAAGAUUGUGAAAGAUAACGUUAGCCUAUAGGGGCCUGUAAGAUUGUGAAAGAUAAGGUUAGUCAAUAGGGGGCCCGAAAGAUUGUGAAAGAUAAUGGUUAGCCUAUAGGGGGCCCGAAAGAUUGUGAAAGAUAAGGUUAGUCAAUAGGGGGCCCGUAAGAUUGCUAAAGAUAAGCUUAGUCUAUAGGGGCCAGAAAGAUUGUGAAAGAUAAAGUUAGCCUAUAGGGGGCCUGUAAGAUUGCUAAAGAUAAGCUUAGUCUAUAGGGGCCAGAAAGAUAGUGAAAGAUAAGGUUAGCCUAUAGGGGGCCCGUAAGAUUGCUAAAGAUAAGCUUAGUCUAUAGGGGCCAGAAAGAUUGUGAAAGAUAAAGUUAGCCUAUAGGGUGCCCGUAAGAUUGUGAAAGAUAAGGCUAGUCAAUAGGGGGCCCGAAAGAUUGUGAAAGAUAAGGUUAGUCUAUAGGGGCCCAUAAGAUUGCUAAAGAUAAGCUUAGUCUAUAGGGGCCAGAAAGAUUGUGAAAGAUAAAGUUAGCCUAUAGGGGCCCGAAAGAUUGUGAAAGAUAAGGUUAGCAUAUAAGGGGCCCCUAAGAUUGCUAAAGAUAAGCUUAGUCUAUAGGGGCCAGAAAGAUUGUGAAAGAUAAAGUUAGCCUAUAGGGGGCCCCUAAGAUUGCUAAAGAUAAGCUUAGUCUAUAGGGGCCAGAAAGAUUGUGAAAGAUAAAGUUAGCCUAUAGGGGCCAGAAAGAUUGUGAAAGAUAACGUUAGUCAAUAGGGGGCCCGAAAGAUUGUGAAAGAUAAUGGUUAGCCUAUAGGGGGCCCGAAAGAUUGUGAAAGAUAAGGUUAGUCAAUAGGGGGCCCGAAAGAUUGUGAAAGAUAAUGGUUAGCCUAUAGGGGGCCCGAAAGAUUGUGAAAGAUAAGGUUAGUCAAUAGGUAUUUCUAGAAAACUGAAAAAUAAUAUAUUUUUUUCUGCACUGGGGGACUCAAAGGAAUCUGAUGUUAAUUAGCUUAUUUACAUUAGUCUUAGAACCCCAAUGAAACGAAUGCACAUAAGUAUGAUUAGUCACCCAUGGAGACAAGGAGGGGUAACAUUAGUUUAUUACAGGCGGAUCUCUUGGAAAUGGAAAGGGAUAAGAUUAGUGUAUUCUGGGAGGCUCAUUGUGUAGACUGGGCUCAGAACUAUCUUAACCUUGUUGGACUCACGGACAUUGAGCAAAGUGCUCAGCUCAGUGGCGGAGCACAGCUUGAUACCAGGAGCAAAUAGAGCACAUGCCACUCGGCUCCCGUUGGCUGUCAGAGGCAGCGAUUAAGUGUGAAGAUAUUCGGUGGAGGAUCUAAAUAUACAGUUCAACUACCAAAUGGCGGACAAUAAGAUGAGAACCGCUGACGAACAAAGUAAAUUGUAAUAUCACUUUUGACAAAUACACUAAAUUGAACUUGUGCCGUAUUUUACUGUCUUAUAUGUUAGCAAUGAGAUUUUGGACUAUACAUACAUAAGCUUAUUUUUUAACCAGCUAUAAAUUGGCUUCCUGGUGGGUGGCCUUGUCUAUUUCUACAAUUUGUUUUCCGCGACAUUGGCCCAAUAGAAUACAUUCAUAACAAAGCUAAUACUUGGGCUAAGAGGACGCAAACAAUGAUUUCUCCCGCGAUGGAGGGAGCGGAGGGAGAGAAGAAACAAAAAAAAGGCUAUCCGUCAAGACAUUGGAAUUGCCUUAAGAUGUUGUUAUGGAAACUGUUCAGGGACGGCUGGGCUUUUCGACAAGUGCAUGGUGAGAGAUGGAUAGCAUUUCAAUUUGGGAUAAAUAUUAUAAAAGGAAAAUUGAUGACCUUCACUGUACGUGUACGGGUCUACACGCUCUGUGGGUGGGUGAGGAUGGGUGAGUUGAAAAAGGGGGCGUGGGGUCGAUCUACACCAAGUGUUGUUACGCCACAGUACAACGUUGAGGUGGAUAAUGAGAAAUAUAACAUGGACCAUUUCUUGACAGUGUUCUUGUUGCGGAGUGUUGAUUUGGAAGUGUGGGAGUGUGGGUUGAUUUGGAAGAGUGGGCGUGUGGGUUGAUUUGGAAGAGUGGGGUGAGGGUUGAUUAGGAAGAGUGGGGGUGAGGUUUGAUAAGGAAGAGUGGAGUAAGGGUUGAUUUGGAAGAGUGGGGGUGUGGGAUGAUUUGGAAGAGUGGGGUGAGGGUUGAUAAGGAAGAGUGGGGUGAGGGUUGAUUUCGAAGAAAGAGGUGAGGGUUGAUUAGAAAAGAAUGGGGGUGAGGGUUGAUUAGGAAGAGUGUGGGUGAGGGUUGAUUAGGAAGAGUGGGGAUGAGGGUUGAUUAGGAAGAGUGGGGUGAUGGUUGUUUAGAAAGAGUGGGUGAGGGUUGAUUAGGAAGAGUGUGGGUGAGGGUUGAUUUGGAAGAAUGGGGGUGAGGGUUGAUUAGGAAUAGUGGGGAUUAGGUUUGAUUAGGAAGAGUGGGUUGAGGGUUGAUUAGGAAGAAUGUGGGUUAGGGUUGAUUAGGAAAGAAUGGGGGUGAGGGUUGAUUAGGAAGAGUGGAGGUGAGGGUUGUUAUGUGAAGAGUGGGGUGAUGGUUGAUUUGGAAGAGUGGGGGGUGUGGGUUGAUUUGGAAGAGUGGGGUGAGGAGUUGAGGAGUACAUAAAAUAAUUAUCCAAUCUUCUACUUCCAUGGGCCCACUUACUGGAACCAGCUCCCCUUCCAUAUCCGUCAUUGUGAAACCUCGUCCACUUUUAAAAAGUCGAUUAAAACCCAUCUGUUUUGGUCCGCCUAUGACCUGUGAUGCACCCUCCUUGCCCUGCCUCAUUUUCUGUCUCGGGUUGAUCCUGUAGUAAAGGCCAAAACGUACCAAAGUGUCCUCGUUUUAUAGCCAUUUUAAUUGUUUCUAUAGUAUAGUAGUUACUAUCCUAGUGUCUCAUUUUUAUUUUACUUAGUUUACAUGUUUUUAAUAAUUGUAAAGCGCUUAGAGCUUUAAGGUAAGCGCUAUAUAAAAAUGCCUAAAUAAAUAAAUAAAAAAAUAGCAACCAUCAUCGUGAUAGCAACCAGCAUCGUGAUAGCAACCAUCACAGUAAUAGGAACCAUCACAGCGAUAGCACCCAUCUUAGUGAAAGCAACCAUCAAAACGAUAGCAACCAUCACAGUAAUAGGAACCAUCACAGCGAUAGCACCCAUCUUAGUGAAAGCAACCAUCAAAACGAUAGCAACCAUCACAGUAAUAGGAACCAUCACAGCGAUAGCACCCAUCUUAGUGAAAGCAACCAUCAAAACGAUAGCAACCAUCACCGUGAUACCAACCAUCACAGUGCUAGCAACCAUCACAGUAAUAGCAACCAUCACAGCGAUAGCAACAUCACAGCGAUAGCAACCAUCAUCGUGGUAGCAACCAUCAUCGUGAUAGCAACCAUCACAGUGAUAGCAACCAUCAAAGGGAUAGCAACCAUCAUAUUGAUAGCAACCAUCAUCUUGAUAGCAGCCAUCAUAGUGAUAGCAACCAUCACCGUGAUAGCAACCAUCAAAGUGAUAGCAACCAUCAUCGUGAUAGCAACCAUCAUCUUGAUAGCAACCAUCAUCUUGAUAGCAGCCAUCAUAGUGAUAGCAACCAUCAUCGUGAUAGCAACCAUCAAAGUGAUAGCAACCAUCAUCGUGAUAGCAUUCAUCAUCUUGAUAGCAACCAUCAUCUUGAUAGCAACCAUCAUCUUGAUAGCAACCAUCAUCUUGAUAGCAGCCAUCAUAGUGAUAGCAACCAUCAUCGUGAUAGCAACCAUCAAAGUGAUAGCAACCAUCAUCGUGAUAGCAACCAUCAUCUUGAUAGCAACCAUCAUCUUGAUAGCAGCCAUCAUAGUGAUAGCAACCAUCAUCGUGGUAGCAACCAUCAUCUUGAUAGCAACCAUCAUCUUGAUAGCAGCCAUCAUAGUGAUAGCAACAAUCAUCUUGAUAGCAGCCAUCAUUGUGAUAGCAACCAUCAUAGUGAUAACAGCCAUCAUGGUGAUAGCAGACAUUGUGAUAGCAGCCAUCACAGCGAUAGUAACCAUCACAGUGAUAGCAGCCAUAAUAGUUGUAGCCACCAUCAUAGUGGUAGCGACCAUCAUAUUGGUAGUGACCAUCAUAUUGGUAAUGACCAUCAUAUUGUUGGCGACCAUCAUAUUGGUAGCGACCAUCAUAUUGGUAGUGACCAUCAUAUUGAUAGAGGAGGUGGUAUCAACUAUCAUCUCAAACUUACGACUGGACCAGUUGUGGUUUGCGUGCUGAAUGUUUGCCAACGGGAGAUAUUGUGUACAUGUGUAACAGGGUUCUUACAUUUUGUGUACAUGCGUAACAGGAUUCUUACAUUUUAUGUACAUGUGUAACAGGGUUCUUACAUUUUGUGUACAUGUGUAACAGGGGUUCUUACAUUUUGUGUACAUGUGUAACAGGGGUUCUUACAUUUUGUGUACGUGUGUUACAGUGUGGGUUCUUACAUUUUGUGUACAUGUGUAACAGGGAUUCUUACAUUUUGUGUUCAUGUGUAACGGGGUUCUUACAUUUUGUGUACAUGUGUAACAGGGUUCUUUUCUUACAUUUUGUGUACAUAUCUUACUUUUACAGUGCCAGUACAUUUUGUCUACACCUCGCGGGGGGGGGGGGAUUCAUUUUAAGUACAUUUCUAAAAGGGGGCAUUAAUGUUUGUGUACAUGCCUUACACUUACAGUGGCAUUAUAUUUAGUGUACACGUCUUAAAGAGGCAAUAACUUUAUUGUCCAUGUCUUAUAGGAGCUGACACCAGAGGAGCUGGAGAAGGUCAAGGAGUCUGUGGCUUAUGGCUGUAUCAAGUAUUCCGACCUGUCACACAACAGGACCCAUGACUACAUCUUCUCCUUUGACAAGGUAAGCAAACAUCUGCCAGUGGCAUCACUAGGUGGUAGAGGUGGGUGAAAUACCAUCACUAGGUGGUAGAGGUGGGUGAAAUACCAUCACUAGGUGGUAGAGGUGGGUGAAAUACCAUCACUAGUUGGUAGAGGUGGGUGAAAUACCAUCACUAGGUGGUAGAGGUGGGUGAAAUACCAUCACUAGGUGGUAGAGGUGGGUGAAAUACCAUCACCAGGUGGUAGAGGUGGGUGAAAUACCAUCACUAGGUGGUAGAGGUGGGUGAAAUACCAUCACUAGGUGGUAGAGGUGGGUGAAAUACCAUCACUAGGUGGUAGAGGUGGGUGAAAUACCAUCACUAGGUGGUAGAGGUGGGUGAAAUACCAUCACUAGGUGGUAGAGGUGGGUGAAAUACCAUCACUAGGUGGUAGAGGUGGGUGAAAUACCAUCACUAGGUGGUAGAGGUGGGUGAAAUACCAUCACUAGGUGGUAGAGGUGGGUGAAAUACCAUCACUAGGUGGUAGAGGUGGGUGAAAUACCAUCACUAGGUGGUAGAGGUGGGUGAAAUACCAUCACUAGGUGGUAGAGGUGGGUGAAAUACCAUCACUAGGUGGUAGAGGUGGGUGAAAUACCAUCACUAGGUGGUAGAGGUGGGUGAAAUACCAUCACUAGGUGGUAGAGGUGGGUGAAAUACCAUCACUAGGUGGUAGAGGUGGGUGAAAUACCAUCACUAGGUGGUAGAGGUGGGUGAAAUACCAUCACUAGGUGGUAGAGGUGGGUGAAAUACCAUCACUAGGUGGUAGAGGUGGGUGAAAUACCAUCACUAGGUGGUAGAGGUGGGUGAAAUACCAUCACUAGGUGGUAGAGGUGGGUGAAAUACCAUCACUAGGUGGUAGAGGUGGGUGAAAUACCAUCACUAGGUGGUAGAGGUGGGUGAAAUACCAUCACCAGGUGGUAGAGGUGGGUGAAAUACCAUCACUAGGUGGUAGAGGUGGGUGAAAUACCAUCACUAGGUGGUAGAGGUGGGUGAAAUACCAUCACUAGGUGGUAGAGGUAGGUGAAAUACCAUUACUAGGUGGUAGAGGUGGGUGAAAUACCAUCACUAGGUGGUAGAGGUGGGUGAAAGCGUCACUAUAUGGAUUCUGCAUGAUCAACAAAGAUGGAGGUGGUGACACAUUGAGACAUGUGACACAAGUAGUCUUCUGACACCUGCCACUGGAAACAAACAAGUCUAUUCUAACCUGUAUUUCAUUUGGGUUGCUUGUACUUUAAUUAAAAGUUUCUAUUUCUUGUCUUUUUUCUUACGUUUCCUUUCUGCUGAGAACUGCUCUUAGCCGAAACGUCCGGUCUUUCGAUUCAAGCUUCCACACACCUAGGCCCACUAUUUCCUUCACACAGCUUGAACGCAGUCCUUCAUUUAUUAUUAUUUUUUGUUUAAAUUUUACUAUUGAUUUCUGUUUCAACAUUUUAAUUAUUGGUAAUGAACUCCUAUGUCAUCAUAUCAGAUGCUGGACGACAGAGGAAAUACUGCCGCCUACUUGUUGUAUGCUAACACUAGAAUCAGGUACGUUAGAGCAUGAUUGUUUAUUUAUACAACUAAUUCUUCUCGUAAAUAUCUAAAAACACUGACCCAUUAUUUUAAAGAGGCCAAGUAUCAUUAGCCAUGUUUAUUGUAGAUAUCAAGUUACAACAUAUAACAUACCCCAGACAGUUCAUGUUGAAACAACUGUUGGGUGUGACCCGUCAAAUACACUACAACAUCUAAACAUUAAAAAAUGUAGCCUGCCUUUGUAUCAGUGAAAAUUGUAACUAAAUCAAUUCUUUUGUUUUUUUUGUUUUAGUGUGUAACUAAACUUUUAUUGAUGAAAUUGUGUAGCGGGUUAAUUGAAACAUUAAAUGCAUCCCAGCAAUAACCAGAAUGAUUUCUCUAUUGAACAUGUUUCCCCAUUGACCAGGUCCAUAGCCCGUAGUGCCAAUGUCAAGCCAGAGGCUCUGAAAGAGGCUGCCAAGACCACAGCUGUAGAGCUCGACCACCCGGCAGAGUGGAAACUGGCCAAAUGCAUCCUGCGGUUUCCCGAGGUGAUCACCAGGGUCCUGGAAGACCUCCUCCUCCACACUCUCUGUGACUACCUGUACGAGCUGACGACCACGUACACAGAGUUCUACGACAAGUGCUACUGUAUAGAGAAGGACAAGGCCACUGGUAGGUGCUACGUUACAGAGAAGGUCAAGGCCACUGGUAGGUGUUACUGUAUAGAGAAAGUCAUGGCCACUGGUAGGUGGUACUGUACAGAGAUGGACAAGGCCACAGAGGUAGGAGUUAGUUUAUAGUGAUAGCUAAGAACACAGGUAGGAGUGAGUUUAUAGAGAUGAGUUAUCUUUCCUGCAGCUGGGAAAUAACAUUUCACUUUUUUCCUGAAUUCUUUUUGUCCCCCUUGUCACAUUUUGAUUCAAAAAUGAAUUAUUACGUUUUUUGAUUAUAUCUAUUGUUAAAAGUUUAUUUGAUUCUUCUUAUUAUUAAGUUUAGUUGAUUCUACCUAUUUUUGAGUUUAUAUGAGUUUAAAUUAUAGUUCCGCUCAACCUUCCCAUGCAGGCAACAUCAUCAAAGUCAACAUGAGUCGACUGCUGCUUUGUGAGGCCACAGCCAUGGUGAUUGCAGCUUCCUUCAACAUUUUGGGCAUCCAGCCGUUAGACAAGAUGUAAUGUACAAGAAAAUGUCAUGGACAUGGGGGAAGGAGAACUCUCUCACGUUAUUGUUGAACAGUAUUCCAAAUAAAACACCAGGUUUAACAGAAUUUUAGUUAAGUUCAAGUUAGUCUCAGAUACUGAGAUAAAUUUUUUUUUUUAUUAUUGUCACUUUUCAGGUGAUGAUACUUCUAUAAAAGUUUGGCCUAGAGUAACAUUAUUAACUUACCAGUGUAAAUUUUACAAAAAAUAUUCUUUCUUUCAUAAACUGACUUGUUCAUGUACAACUUUGUUAAUGUCCAGUUUAAUGUAGCUUAUUAAUUUCUAUGUAGUGUGUCUAUUUUUGUUUUUCCUUUAUCACCAGUGUUAAGUAUCAUAAUGAAAAUGUAUUUCAAGUAUAGCAUGUUAAACAAUUAUCUAUUUGCUUUUAAUUAAAAGUUUAAAUAUUUGCAAAUAUACUUCUCUCUACAGCGUACCUAGUCAAUAAAGCUUCAAUAUUAUAAAUGCUUUUUUAAAAAAACGUUUUAAUGAGAAUAAGAGUAAUAGCCUCGGGCUGAUGAAGCUAUCAAUACAAAUAAGAGCCUCAGACUGAUGAAGCUAUCAAUAAGAAUAAGAGCCUCAGACUGAUGAAUCUACCAUUAUCUCAUCAAACUGAAAUUCAAGUUAUCAGAAACUAAUGAAUAAAUUUACAACUUGUCCUUUUGUUUAACAAGGAACUCAAUGAGAAACUAUUUAUUUAAAAUGAGAAUGUAUCUAUCCAUGUAACUGGAGCCUCCGCCAUAAAGGACUAAUUUAAAUUAGAUCUUAGACUUUUACUAAAUAGCCCAGUUACUUACACAUUGUGAAGAUAAGCUCAAUUAUCAUUUUGAUUUAGAUUUGAUAAAAUUGGAAUGCGAUAAAAUUGGAAUGCGUUGCUGAACAUUAAUUAAAUAAAAUAUUGUACAAAUU